CUACAACGCGUGCAAUAUAGAUAGAAAGAAUAUACCGGCAAGCUCAGAUGAAGUUCAAGACUAGCAGACACGUAAAUCGCGUCCCUAUUCCCUCGCCAUUCCUAGUGUUCACCCCAGUAGAGCACCCUCCAAUCUCCAAAACAUGACCUCGCUCAGCUUUACGCUACUCCCCGAUGCUCUACUUCAGCUGCAUGAUGUGCUCAUAUGCCUUGCAAAAUUUAACGAGAACGUAUCGAUUGAAGCUGAAGAAUCUUUCCUCCGGUUCUCUGCACUGAAUCUGACAAAGUCAGCAUAUGCAUCUUUCAAGUUUGAUGCCUCUACAUUUUUCUCACAGUAUAUGUUUGUUGGCUCGGGGCGCAUUGCAUCCGGCUCUGGGAGGAGAAGUGCGGCAGAUAAAUUAACCUGUCAACUAUACAUAAAGACGCUCUUAUCGGUGUUUAGGGCCCGAGCAAGUGACUUCAAAGACCGAGAGACUGCUGUUGAACGUUGUGAAAUGCGGCUUCAAUACAGUCCGGACGAAACCCAGUGCAGAUUUAUCAUCCAGAUGAUAUGCAGGCAUGGGGUCGUCAAGACAUACAAAUUAACUUACGAAGCUGCGGAAAUUCAGCAUGCUCUUUUCGACAAAUCUAAGACCGAAAACCAAUGGGGCAUAGAUUCCAAGUAUCUGCGAGAAAUUAUUGACCAUUUUGGUCAUACUGCUGAGCAGUUGGAUAUAUCCUCUGAAAACAAUCGAGUGGUGUUCACAAGCUUUACUACAAAAGUUGCAGAUGGAAAAGAAAUCCUCAAGCAACCCGUUCAUACGUCGGUAGCUAUUGACAUCAAAGAUUUUGACCAUUUCACAGUGGAGGAUAAACUCCAUGUCGCUAUCAACGUCAAGGACUUCAAGGCCAUUGUCGUCCACGCGCAUUCAUUGAGUGCAAGGGUAGUGGCACGAUAUACCCGUCCAUGCCGGCCAAUGCAGGUGUCGUACGAAGUAGGUGGGAUGACGUGCGAGUUCACGUUAAUGACGAGAGGGGAGAGUGGAGAGACGUCGCCCGGAUCUGGAAAUAGGAAUCGCGAGUUAUCUGCUCGGCCAUAUCCACGCUCUACUACCGCCCAUUCAAGAGAGCCUACAGCCAUUCCGCCACCUGAGAUUCCGGAAUCUGUCCCGAGAGCUCACCCUCUCCAACCACCGUCGCAAGCAGCAGCCAGAGAGGAAACUCAGACGAGUGUCCUGCCGCACCCGCCACAUGCGUCAGUUCCCUUCGAAUCAUUGUUCGUCCCGGUUGACGACGACCAACAAUGGGAUGAGCCGAAGUAUGGUGAUGAGGAGGAGGACACUCUUGGAUGGGAUACACACAUGGAUCAGGAUGCGCUGCAGGCGAGCAUUGGAGGGCGGAUCCAGGAUAUCACGCCCACUGGGGCAAGUAUGAGACAGCGAAGUGCCCAGGACCAGGAAAGCUCCGUAGCAAUACCUCCGACGCAACGGAUAUCUCAGGUACGAGGGAUAUUCGAUUGACAUUGCUGGAGAAGUGGUUUGAAUUAUAUAUUGCGUCCUGCAUAAAGUAGCCACCUGAUAGCUGAAUUGGUGGGCUCCGUAUGGGGAUCGGCAAAUUGACAAGAAGGCACGUUUGGCUCCUUCUCUGUUAAUAUGCUUGAUGCGAGCCUUCCACGAGAGGUAUAUGCAUUCAGGCCGUCAUAAUCCAACUUGUCGCGCAACCUGCUCCUACACCGGUGACCGUCCUGCUGUCUUCAAUGCUCAGCGGGAUCUCAUUCCACCGCCCAGCCACAUUGCCCUGUGUAUCGGUGUUUGGUCCACAGUUGCCAUGCUCACCCCAUCCGAAUGCCACUACCUCCCCGCUCUCAAUUAUAGCAACAACAUGUUCACUCCCUAUUGCCAGCUUCGUCGGCUGUGGAAGCUUUGGUGGAAGUAACUGGCCGCGAUCAUUUCUGCCCCACGAUCUGGUAGACCCAUCCUGUCCAUGAACAUAUACACCAUGCCAACUGGCUGCUAGCAUGGCGUAAUUUUUAAUCUCCUUCGGUGCACCAGAGAUUAUGUUCCACUUGUCAGAUCCAAAAAUUGCAAUCUCCCCCGUCUCAGCACUUCCAGCAAUGACUGUAAAUUCUCUUCCACAGGCAACCUGACAAGCGAAGAAUGAAAUAUCCUCGAUCUUUUGCGGUGCCCACAGAAUUUUCUUUUGUACAUUCCCUUCACCUAGCUGACCUUUCCUCGAGAUUCCCCAUCCAUACACUUCCCCAUUCGAUAGCGUUGCCGCUGUAUGGGAAAGGCUGCUAGAGAUAGAAAUUACUUCAGCCGCGGGUGGUGGAAAGUCGCGAAUCCGCGUGGGACUAUUUGCCUGCACGCAAUUUGCCCCCAGCCCUAGUUCACCUUUAUUGCCCACUCCACAGGCGUAGAGAUGACCCCGUUCUGCAUCGACGAAAAAGGACGCUUCCCAUGUUGCCGAAAUGGCCUUGAAGCGAUUAACGAAACUCCCGUCUUCUCUGACAAAUACCACUCUACUGAAUUGUAGUAACGAGGAAUGUCUAUCAGGAUCAUGUGCACAUCUGCCGUUCUGAUUAGUUCCAGCAGCAUAUACGGCGCCGGACUUGAAAAGCACUAGAGUAUGGUUCCCCCCAGCGGCGAUUUGGGUGGGUUCAUCUGAUGCGAGGGGAAUGUCGAUUCCGUCUGAAUGAUUUUCUUUAUUCUCUUGUACAAAGAGACACCGAGUGGGAGCUGGAACAUCGUCCAAGUGGCCGAUCCCUAACUGGCCUGAGCCGUUUGAACCAAAUGCAUAGAGGGGCAUUUAGCUUUCGGAUCUGGCUUUUUGGCUAAUAUAAUGUUAGAAAGCGACAUAUGGAUGGAAGUGAUUAUACCAACAGCUCGUUGCAUACAUAUUGUGCAAGAUGUGGAAAUUGUAGAAUAAUAAGGUUUGGCGGCCCUUUGUGAGCAGAUGCCUAGGUAGCUGAGGAAAUAUACGCUUAUAUAUAUAUAGGUAUUUCAGGAUUUACCAGCGGGGGAAAAAAAAACCAAUAUAGAUUAGCUCAUAGAAUGGGAUCGUUGAAUAUACUGUAUGAUGUUCUCUUGCCCUGGCUUC